UAAGGGGCGGGGAUAAGGACAAGGUGUGGGGUUAAGCUAUAUUUCUCCCCUCUUUUCUCGACCUCUCCUUCAAUAGUUCUAUCAGCGGGUUUCAUCCACCACCUCCUUUACAAAUUGCACCCGAUUUUGUCUGUCAAUUCAUUGCAGCAACUUUGCAACUUAACUUCUCUGGUAACCUCGUUCCUCUUAAUUACUCUAAUUUGUAUUUGUUUUUUUAUUGGUAAAUUCAUAUAAACCCUAGAUUUCUCUGAAAUUCGCGUUUAAUUUCUUGUAAACCCCUAAUUUCAAUGUAGAUUCUUCUCCCAGUACAUCAAUCAAAACCCGAUUUUUGUCAGAUUUUGUUUAUUAAUUUUUCAUAAAUCCUAAUUUUCAAUUGGAUUACAUUAAUCAUGAGUUUUCCUGUAGAGAUAAUCAUCGACAUUCUCCUAAGAUUGCCUGCAAAGUCUCUUAUACGGUUCAAGAGUGUGUGCAAAUCAUGGUAUGAAUUAAUCAACGGUGUUGAUUUUGUCAAUCGCCAUUUAGAACGAUCGCUUGCCACCCAAACCAAUCUUCACUUCGUUUACAAUGCCCAUGAUACACUUUGUAUGGCCGAUUUUGACAGUUUUAAUAAACCAAUUGAACUCAAUUACCCUUUCCGUGAUAGUGUUAUGGUGGUGGGAUCAUUUAAUGGCUUGCUAUGUCUCCAAAGUAGUAAUCAGCGUCCUCUUGUGAUUUACAACCCAACCACUCAAACCUACAAAAAACUCCCGUUGUUGGGGAAAAGCGCCUCGUUUGAUCACCUUAGAUCAAUGUGGCAUUUUGGGUUCGGUUAUGACAGUAUCGCUCGGGACUAUAAAUGUGUGAGUGUUAUUCAAUGUGGUAAUGGUAAUGGUUACAGAAUGGGUCCUUUUGAGAAUGAAGUCAUGGUUUAUAGCUUGAAAGAUGAUUCAUGGAGAAAGGCUCGUACUCCUAGUGUUCCUUUCAAUUUUGGCUAUCGGAGAAAUGUGUUUGUUAAUGAUUCUAUUCAUUGGGUUGGCGGUGUAAAUGAGAAUGUGGCUAUUGUUGCCUUUGAUUUAAGGGAUGAAACUUUUAGCACUCUGCCAAUUCCUGAUUGCGAUUCUUUGAAUCGUAGGGGAAUGUAUGUGGGAAUACUUGAUGGGUGUUUGUGUCUUUCGAUUAGCUAUAAUGAGCUUCGUGACUCUGACAUAUGGGUAAUGAGAGAGUAUGGGGUAGCUGGAUCCUGGACCAAGUUAUUUUCCAUUGCUAAGCGCAAUGGCCACGAUGCAGUGGAGAGACCUGUUUGUUAUUCCAUCAACUUAAAGGAAUUGUUUGUGCAUAUGAGUUUUAUUUGCGAGGUUGCUUCCAUUAAUUUGGAUACAAUGGAAAUUAGCAUUGUGAAGGGUCCUGAUUUCAACUUUUGCACGAAUGCCCAUGUUUGUGUAGAGAACCUUCUUAUGCUGGAAGAUAGUAAUUGUGAGUGGACAUGAAAAAGAAAAGGGGUCAAGAAAGAAUAGCAAGAGAUGAACUAACAUUUGAUCUUCGAUCAGAGAAUAUCUGAGAAUCUCAGGCUGCAACCUGAUUUUCUCCUCAUUUCAUUGAUAUUACCAACCUGAUGUUCACAGCACUUAUUUUGUUCACUGGCAUUUUGGGUUAGACAGAAUUGGCCCAUUUGCUCUAUUUCAAAAAAAAAGGCAUUUAUAUCAUAUUCUACAGUACGUUGACAAGGCUUUCUCAGAACACUCAUAAAACAAAGGUGAACUAUUUAGAACGGAAAAUGAAGGUAAACUAAGGUGGUUGUAAGGAGGUUGAAUGGGCGAUGUGGUGGUAUUAUGACGAGAAGUGGUAGUGUUAUGAGGAGAAGGAAGGAACGGGGAAACUAUUGCAUCCAAAUGAGGGUAAAAUUCACAUUAGUUUGACUUUUAUUAUCCCUUAAUGUAUUAACCUCGAUCCAAACAUGUUAAUUAUUACCCUCUUUUAUCUUAAAGAGUGGGUUCUGUUUUGUGGUAAUAAAGUACUUUGUUUAUUUUUCGUUUA